AUGAAUACCUAAAAACUUCCCCAUUUAUAAUCACCAAAGAGACCUUAAACAAAAGCAAAAGCUAAAUCAAUUACUAUGAAUUUAACAAUCAAAGAUUCUCUAUAAGAAAUUUCAACAUUUCGAACAACAACUUAGAGCAGAUCAAACAUAUAAUUAUCUCAAACUGAUAGAUUAAAAACAUACUCUGAUGUCUCCUAUCUCAAUUUUCGAAAUGUAACUACAAAAUAGUCAUCUGUCUCUUCUCCCAAAAUACCAUUAAGCAAUAUUGCUCGUGAUCCAUAAUUAUAUGAAUUCGUAAAAUUAUCGGUUAUAUAUUUAGCAUAGUUAAGCUAAUAGAACAAACAUUUAUACAUCUAUUAUAAAAGAAAAUGUAAAAGGAACCUUUAUUGAUAAUCCUGCAGAAUUAAAAAUAGAUGAUAAAACAAUUGAUUUUUCACCUUUACUCCAAAAUAUCAAGAUACAUUAAUUUAAAUAUUACCUUCAAUCUAUUUUACAAUAAGAAUGUAAAACUAUCUUUGAUACAAAAUGUCCACCUAAUAGAUAAUAAGCUAUUGAUCUAUUAUUAUGGUUUGAUAAGAUGAUUCAAACUUUAAAGACUGAUAAUUUGCGAUUAAUAUCUGAUUUAACAAAUUAAUUGUAAUAAGUUUAUUAAACUUGUAUACAUGAAUUAGCUAGAUAAAUAUCAUAUGAAUGUAAAGAAAGAGGAACAUUAUUAUUAAUUAUUUGGAAUUCAUUUGUCUCUUUUAUUGAAAUGCUUAUUUAAAAUGUUGCAAUUAAUUUUGAUGAAAUGGAAACCUAAUCUAUAGAUACAGUUCAUAGAAUUUAAAAGACUCAUUAAACAUUUGUUUAAUAAUUAUAAUAAGAAAUUAAUCAAUUAAAAUAAUAAAUAGAAUAAUUAGAAUUAGAAAAAUCAGAAUUAAAUGAUAAAAAUAUAUAUUUAGCUAAAAAAAAUCUUUAAUUAACUAAUGAGAUAAAAUUAUUAGGUUCUUAAUUAGAUGAAAUGACUGAUAAUCAUAAUAAAGUUUAUAAUGAAUUAAUUUAAACAAAAUUAUAAAUAGAAACUCAUUCUACUUAAUAAACAUAAACUACAUAAAAAAUUAAAAUUGGAAUCUAAGAAGGUUAAUCUGUAGUAGCACAUUUAUUAUCUAUGAAAAAUACAAUGUUUUCUAAAUUAUAAAAAAAAACUUCAAUUUAAUUUGAGAAAGUUGAAUAAUUAAGAGAAGAUGAAGAAUAUUUUAAAUAAGGAUUAUCCAAAACUGAUAUUGAUUAAUUAAAUUCAACAUUUUAAUACUAAAAUAUGUUGAAAUUGUAAUCAAGAGCAUUAAUCCCUAUUAACACAGAAGAUAGUAUAAUAUAUUUAAUUAUCUUAGAGGAUGUUCAAACAGAUUCUACUUUUUCAUUUUUAUUUGAUCAUAUUGAAGAUUUAUUCAAUCAAAGAUGGACUGAUAAAUGUCCUAAUAUGUAAUCAUUGUUAUAAAAUUUUAGUUAGAUCUCAAAAAAUGAGAUUAAUCAGAAUUAUAAAGAAUAAUUAAUACAAAUAUUAUAAUUCUGCAAUAAUAAUUAGACAGAUUCAGAUGUAGAAAUAAAAAAGAAAUUUAUUGAAUAAAUGUUAGAAUUACAAGAACAAAAAGUAAAUGCAAAAUAUUAUGAACAUACAUUAUAAGAAGCAACAUAAGAAUUUAUAGAACUACUUAAAAGAAAGAAAUAAAAAAUAAAAAAACUAAAAAAGAGUUAAACACAAUUAUAAAAUCGUCUUAAUUCUUGUAAAUAUUAUUUUAUAUUUAUUUAAAGUAUAAAGUGAAAGUAGUCCUCCUAAAUAAGAAAUUCCAUAAGUGCUUGUAAAUUCACCAGGAGUAAACACUCCUUCAUUUAGAAAUUCUUUAGCCUUCAAUUAAUAGGAUAUUUUAUAAGAGGAUAUUAUUGAAAGUGAUGAAAAAAGUGAAGAAGAUUCAAUGAUGUAAAAUAUUUAAUAAAAUAAUAAUAAUCAAAAUUAACAAAAUUUUGAUCUAGAUUAAUCAAAUAAUUAAAAUAUUGUUGUUGAAGAUUUAAAAUAAUUUUAAGAUAAUUUUACUGAAGAAGAUAAUCUAAUUAAAUAAGAUAUAUAAGAAAAUUAGAAUUAAGAAAAUAAUAAUUAAAGUGUUGAUAUAAAAAAUAGUGAAUCAAAUUUAUCAAAAGAUAUUAAUAUGAAGAAUUCUCAAAAUAAAAAUAAUUUAAAUACUAGUAUUAGUAGAAAGAAUAGUAAAAGUAGUUAAAGUAAAUAAAGUAUAGAAGAUUUGGAAUAAUUAAAUUAGAAAUAAAAGAAUUUAUCACCAAUUAAAACUUAAUCAAAUAGAAAAUCUUUAUAAAUUAAAAGUUUAUCAGCUAUUAAGGAUUUAGAUGAUGAACCAAAAUAAUAAUAAUUAAAAAGAAAAUAAUCAAAAGUUGUCAAACAUUAACACUAAAAGUCUAUAAAUACUAUAAAUACACUUGAUUAAUCAAGUGAUGUUAAUGAAAGUGAAAAUUUAUCUUUAGUUUCUAGUGAUGAUUUAUCAGAUAAAGCAAAAGAAGAAGAUAUUAAAAAAAUUGAAAAAAUAAGAAAUUUAGUAUAAUAAUAUGGUGGAGUCAAUAUUUAAAAAAGAAGAUUUACAAAACCAGUUGCUAUUAAAUUAUCUUUAUUAUCUGAUUUAAAAAAAGAAAAAAGAGUCAAAAGAAUUUAUAGUCAAAAUACAGAUGCUGCAAAUUCAUUAUUACAUGAAGUUAUGAAUGUUAAACUAAAAAAAUAAAAAGAUUCAAUAAUACCUAUUUCAUCAAUUAUCAAAAUUUUUAAUACUAUUUUAGCUGAUACUGCAAAAAAUUAAGAAGGAUAUAAAAUUCCAUUACAUAUAAGUAUUUAUGACUUUUUCUUAAAAAAGUAUGGUUUUAAAAAUGUAGCUGAAAAAAAAAUUAAAUAAGUAUAUUUAAUUAUUUGAAUUUUAGCUACUUUAAUUUAUCUUUCAUAAGAAAAAUUAAUAUCCAAAAUUAUGUUUGAUCUCAAGAUUAUGUUAUAUGGAUGAUGAAAUGGAUGAAGCUGUGUAUAAAUUAAUUGUAGAAUCAAUUAAAUAUUUUCAUAAUAAGUAAGUAUCUAAUUUAUUUAGAGAAAUACAAUUAAAUAAACCAGAAAUCAAUUUAACAUAUGAAUAACUAAUUGAAUAUUGUAAUGAUUUUCUUUAGCAACUACUUGGUUAAACUUAUAUCUCUUAACUUUUACAGUAAUUAAAAUAAAAUAAUAAUAAAUGUAAUUUUAUUAUAUUAAUAAUCAGAAAUUGUAUUUGAAAAUGUUAUGAUCUAAGUUAUGAAUCUAUAUUUUUAAAAAAAAAGAUAAUGUGAAGAUAGUUUGAAAUUGAUAUUUUAGGCUGCAGAUUUGGAUGGAAAUAAUCUUAUUGAAUUCUCAGAAGUAUUAUAAUUUUAUCAUAAUAGUUUAAAAAUUUAUAUAAAGCAAUACAUAAUAACAUAUAUGACAAAAAUGUUGCAUUAGAAUAAUUCAUUAGUUAUGCUGAUUAUAUAGAAGAAUUAUCCAAGAAUAAAAUGAUAACACUCCCAAGAUUUGCAGAAAUGGCCAUAGAACUUAAUUUGUUUUCUAAAGAAUAAAUUAAUUAAUAUAGCAAAGGAUUCGAAACUCUAUUAUAAGAAUGGGAAGAUCAAAAAAAUUAUAUUAAAUAUAGAUAUUUAAAGGCUGAAAAAUUUCCAAAAGUUAAAUUUACUUUUAAUUUAUUAACUGAAUAAAUUAAUUUACUUAAAAAGAAGUAAAAAACAACUCAUGACCCUUAAAGUAAUAGUUGAUUUAUUUUAGCUCUUUGGGUAAGCUACAAAUUACUACAAGAGAAAUCACAAAGAGUUGUUUUAAAGUAUUACUUAUUUUAUAUUUAAGUCAUGAAGCCAGAGAAUGCUUCUUUGAUUUAGUCCCUCAUGAGUUAUGGAUAAUACAACAAGGAUAUAGGGCAAUAGAAGAACUAUGUAUAUGA